AAGCCAGUCAACAUCACGCUAUCGGACACGGAAUGCGUCGCAAACAGUUCCAAGGAAAUUUGGGCAUUAUUAAGUCGUAGAGAUAAUAUUUGUUUACUUCAACAACAGCCUCGAAAAAUUUUGUUUUAGGUCACAGUGGUCACUUUGUUGAAUAAUUCUCGUCGGCUCGGACGUUAGUUAGUUCAGUAAUUACACCGUUAAAAAUGCCCGACCCGGAUUGUGUAAAGAUGAUGACUUUGGGCCGCCAGCAGUUCGCCAUUGGAACACUUUAUAAUUACGCCGAAGAUACAAUUGUGCCAAAUAUGCGCUUAUGGGAUCCAGACGAUGUGGUUAACUCGGUCGUCGUUAAAACGGAAACUAAAGAAACUGUCGAUGUUCAUUCGAUGGCGACUGAGCAAACCGAACGUGAUGAUAAUGAGGACGAAGAAACCCAACGUGAUGGGCCUUGGCUAUCUGAUUUAGGAAUGGAUGAUCACACGACAAUGAGUCUGAUGACCGGCAUGUUGCGUCCACCAUCUGGAGGAGCUUGGCAGUACGCGGCCGACUGGGCGGACUGGAAGGCGGAAACGUUUGGCCGUAAAGCCGAAGUGGCGGUCCAUUGUUGUAGCUCCAGCAAGAAAUUUUCGGCGGUCGAUUCCAAAACUCAACUGGAAAUCAUUUGCCGUCCAGAAAAAUUAAUGAAGAGCGGAGCCACUCACGUCGUCGUGGCCGUCACUUAUGGCCUGGAAGCUUUUUGCAUUUUCUCCCGUCAACAGCCAAAGUCAAACACGACAACUGACGAUGAUGACGAAGCCAUCGAAAGAAUGCGUAACUACGCCCGCAUAUUCGCCGAUCGGCUCAUGGACGAUAGUCACCAUUUAGAAGCGGAUCAGGAUCAAGAAGGUGACGAAGAGGACGGCGGACAAUGUUUCAUCCCGCCAGACUUUCAGUGCAUUCUCUACAGCGAUUUAAAUCAAGUUAAAAACGGCGCAAAAAGCUGGACUUCUAAUCCCGUCGCAGAACAGUACGAAGCCUGCAGGGCGGUAAUGAUCCAUCCAGCCAACAAGGCGAUUCCGCUGAAAGUAUUACUGUACCCACUCAGUAAAUUGAUGCCUAAUGAAGAAGGUAAAACUAAGAUCCCGCGAAAUCUUCAUGAUGUGUCGCCGAAUUUGGUGCUUCGCUGUCAAAUUAUAUGGAACCGUUUGCAACGAAUCCGUUGGGACACGGACGAUUUGAUUGGCGAUUUGUGUGGGUGCCACUGUAUUCCGCUGACAACUUUUAAGAGAAUCAAGGAAUUUGGAGAGUUAAUAACCAAAUAUGUUGGGGUUUUAAUCAAGGCGCUGGCCCAAUGGACAAUCGCCGUCCGACGCGGAGAAAUCACGGAAGAAGAUGUAAUGGCUAAGAAGAUAAAAGCCGUGGAAACCCAAUCGCCGUUCCUUCCCAACCAGCUGAAGUGUUGGCUCAACCAUCAGAAACAGCAAAUCAAAACUUUUAAAAUGUUGGAUCAAUUACCCGAUGUCCGGCUUGUGGCUGGAAUAGAAAAUUUCAAAAAGGAGGUGAAACAUGAUAACGAAGAAUCUUACGCUGUGGUCAUUCACUUGCCCAAUUUGGACGGAAUUUCUGAUUUGUUGGUUAGCGAAAUGAAGCGUUAUGUUGGAGUGUUCAACCAAACUCCAAGUUCGAAUUGGAUAGACUGGAGAAGUGACAAUCAAGGAACCCCAACUAAGGAUUCCAUCUCAACCAACUGUCGUCGAAUAUUAGAUGCUGCUAAAGAUUUUUCAACUUGGGUGACUAAUAACAACAGUGACAAUUCCAACGUACGGUACAUCAUAUUUUACGACGAACGUAUUGGUGCCGGUGUAGGAGAAAUAUCGCCGUUCACGCGAUUAUACGACUGCAGAACGGCUCUACCUUUGAAUUUUACCAUUCCUGAAGCUCCUGGUCCAGUUACAGUCGAAAAGAACCAUCGUGGCGUGAUCACGCUCAGUUGGACGACUGAGGAGGAAGUCGAAGAGCCCAACUUUCUUUUGCAGUAUCGGAGUAUCGAUAGAUCCGGUGAAAGGUGGGAUUCCAUCCAACAUCAGUCCGAGGAAAUUACAAUCAGUCAUCUGCAAUCGGAGGAGAGUUACGUGUUUCGCGUUGCCGCAGUGACACCAGGAGGGAGGAGUCCGUUCAGUCCGGUCAGCUGUGAGGUGACAAUCGAUCCGGUUUGUCCACCACCAUCUGAACUUUUAUGUCGGUACGUGACGGACAAUAGCAUCACCAUUUCCUGGGAUCAUCAAUUUAAUUCAGGCGGAAUAGAGACCGAAGCGGAAGACGAUGAGGAUAAUUCUGAAAAGGAUGAAGAUGAGUACUCCGACUACAACGGCUAUGGCGAUGAUGAGGACUAUGACGAGUACUACGAUGACACUGAAAAUCGACACCACAGUGAAGAUGAAGAUGACGAAGUAACAAUUAGCUCUUACUCUAUUGACUGCUGGAUGGGUGGUAGCCGCCACGAGUCGACAUUUAUACAAAGAUCCACUACGGAAAAGACGAUUACACUUGAACCACUCGUCCCCGACACAAAUUAUUACGUCCAAGUCCGAGCUGUCUGCAUUGAUGACACGGGAUCCACUUUCUACAGUCCAUCUUCGCAGAUUCUAGAAGCGAAAACGCUGCGAGAUGCCGAACGGGCGGCACAUAUCGUCCGCCGUGUUAGCAAAAAAAUUUCGGUUACCAAAGGCAUCGACCUUUACCAGUUACCGUUAAAGAGACAACGCGGAGUCCAAACACAAGGAGUCGGACACUACGUUUUUGGUGAACCAAGUUACUUGGCGUUGGUCGGCAAGCGUCGUCAACGGACCAUCUUGAUGCUGGGCGCCACCGGUUCCGGCAAAAGUACUCUCAUCAACGCUAUGGUGAAUUAUGUGCUGGGAGUAGAGUGGGAUGACGAUUUCCGCUUUAAACUGAUCGACGAGCCGGCCGACAAGUCUCAAGCUCAUAGUCAGACGGAUUUGGUAACCACCUACGACUUGUACGAGAUGAAAGGAUCCCGGCUGAAUUAUUCUCUGACGGUUGUCGAUACUCCAGGAUUUGGUGACACUCGUGGGCUGGAGAAAGACAAGAAAAUUAUGCAGCAAAUUCAAGAUUAUUUCCAGUGCCGUCACGGGAUUCAACAAUUGGAGGCCGUCUGUUUUGUCGUCCAGUCGUCUCUCCCCAGACUGACGGCCACUCAGAAGUACAUUUUCGACUCCAUCUUGUCUAUUUUUGGCCAAGAUAUUAAGGAUAAUAUUCGUCUGAUGGUGACGUUUUCUGACGGUGCGUUGCCGCCGGUCCUCGGUGCAGUCAAAGAGGCCGGCAUCCCGUCGCCCAUGGAUCCAGCCACCGGCCUUCCCCUUCAUCAUAAAUUUAACAAUUCAAUUUUCUUUACUUCCAACAAGGGCGACCGGCAGACGAACGAAUUUAACCGGACCUACUUUGACAUGGCAGUCGGCGGUUUCGACAAAUUCUUCGAUGAUUUGGGGGUAAUGGAAGCCAAAUCUUUGACUCUCACGCGUGAAGUGCUCGAAGAACGAAAGCGACUUGAAGCCCUUGUUGAAGGUCUUCAACUUCGUACACAAAUUAAAUUGACACGUAUCGAUGAGUUCCAGCAAAUCAAGAAGAUCCUGACGGAUAAUCAAGAUCAGAUAGACGCCAACAAGAAUUUUGAGUUUGAAGUCGAAUUCCUCGUUCCAAAAUCAAUAGACUUGAGCGGAACGGGCCAGUUCACCACCAACUGUCAAAAGUGCCAAACAACUUGUCAUUUCCCUUGUAGACAGGCUCAUGACGCAGAUAAACAUCUUUGCUCUGUCAUGGACCGAAGCGGCAACUGUAUGAUCUGCAAAUGUCCAUGGAAUGUCCAUUUCAAUCAAAAGUACCGGUACGAGAUGGUGAAGGAGAAAGUCAAGCGUUCAUCCGACGCCAUCCGGCAACAAUAUCAAGGGGCCAAGAAUGAAGCGAUAACCAAUGAACAACUGUUGAAAAAAAUCCAGAAAGAAAUCGACGAAUACGAGUCACAGCUGAUGGAGUUGAUGGAAUCCACUUAUCCAUGUAUCCAGCGACUGGACGAAAUCGCCCUUCGGCCUCACCCUUUUUCUGCGCCCGACUAUAUCGACUUGAUGAUAGCCGCCGAGAAACAAGAACAUCGUCCAGGAUAUCAGCAGAGAAUCGCCACACUACAAAAACUCCGCCAAAUGGCUGAGAUCACGGCCAAACUGAUCCGCGAUAAGCGUGCCGCUCAAAAGCCACCGCCGCCACCGAAACCCCAGCCACCCAUGGAUAGAUUCGGAACUCGUCGAUUGUCGUCGUUUUUCACCACUAUUUCUCGUUCUUUCAACAACAGCGGUUCGUGAACUUACCCACAGCACCUUGCUUUUAUUUUUAUGUUUGUGUACACAACGAUGAAUUAUGUGAAGUAUAAUUAAAUAAAAGCAGAUUUCAAUUA